AAUCGCUGGUGCCGUGUGCAUUCGGUGUUUAUAAAUACAAUGGACAAAACAGUAGCUACAAUCAUUCAAUUACAAACGUUCCUGUCUCGCAAGGGAGCCAUUAUGUGGAAGAUAGUGCUGUGCGCGAUCGUGGGCCUGGCGGCUGCCGAGAAGGCCCUUUACAACAAUUACAAGGUCUUCAGGAUGAUCCCGACCACGGAGACGCAACUCGAAGUUCUGCAAGAAUUUGAAAAUACUGUUUAUGACGGAUUCUCCUUCUGGAAUUCACCGAGUGUCGUGAACAAAAAUGUAGACAUGAUGGUCGCCCCGCAUAAGGUGCCUGAAUUCUACGAGAAGAUGGGCCAGAUCGGUAUACCGUACGAGAUCUACAUCAAAGAUGUCCAGAAGCUGAUUGACGAAACAACCCCUCAGACUCGCUCAAAAGCGUUUGACUUCACCAGUUAUCACACUCUCGACGAGAUCUACAAGAACCUGGACGACCUGGCCAAGCAGUAUCCCGACAAGGUGCAGACCGUCGUGGGCGGCAAGACGUACGAGGGCCGCGAGAUCAAAGGCGUCAAGGUGUCCUUUAAACCCAACAAUCCUGGAAUCUUCAUCGAGGGUGGCAUUCACGCCAGGGAAUGGAUCUCGCCGGCGACCUGCAUGUACAUCCUGCAUCAAUUGCUGACCAGCAACGACCCGGACGUCAGGGAACUGGCUGACAGCAACGAUUGGUACAUCUUCCCCUCGUUCAAUCCCGACGGAUACGUGUACACGCAUACUACGGAUCGACUGUGGAGAAAGACACGUAAGCCGUACGGCAUCUGCAGAGGUAGCGAUCCCAACAGGAACUGGGACUACAAAUGGAACACUGGAGGUGCCAGCAGCUUCCCGUGCGCCGAAACCUAUGCCGGAAGUGCACCUUUCUCUGACGUAGAAACAAAGAGCGCAUCUGAAUACAUCAAGACCAUUUCCGAUAAAUUUUACGCGUACAUAUCGUUCCACAGCUUUUCGCAACUAUUGAUGUUCCCGUACGGUCACACGAAGGCUCAUCUUGAAAACUACGAAGAAUUGUACGCCAUCGGCACGAAAGCGAUUACAGCUCUGAAAAAAAGAUACGGAACUUCCUAUGUAACCGGAAAUGUCGCUGAGACGAUCUACAUAGCUACCGGAAGUACUGUGGAUUAUGUCAAAGGCACUUAUGGUAAACCAAUCGCCUACACCUACGAGUUGCGUGAUCAAGGUCGUUACGGCUUUCUGUUGCCCCCUGACCAGAUUAUCCCGACCGGAGAAGAGACUCUGGACUCUCUCGUAGCAAUGUUUAAAGAAGCAAGAGCACGUGGACAUCCCAAAAAUUAAAACUAACUUUAUUUAUUGUAAAUAUUUUACAAUCUCGAUGUAUGAUACAUUUUUAUUUGACAAACUGCUAAUCUCGCUUUCCCAUUCCGCUUUGUAAAAAAGACUUCACAAAAAAAGAAUAAAAAUAAAGAUGAUGCGUGAUACAUCAAUGAGCGAUA